AUGGGUGUAGUUAGUAAUUCAGACUCAAAUGGAUCUGUUCAAAGUUGCAAUGGUUUAGAAGAGAAGCUUGAUGAUCUUCGCGGCCUUCUUAGCAAGGCUAAUGGAGAUCCAUUGAGGAUUGUUAGUGUAGGAGCUGGUGCAUGGGGGAGUGUUUUUGCAGCGUUGUUGCAAGACAGUUAUGGUCAAUUUCGCGACAAGGUACAGAUCAGGAUAUGGAGGAGGCCAUCAAAGAUUGUUGACAAAGCCACUGCAAAGCAUUUGUUUGAAGUUAUCAACUCUAGGGAAGAUGUGUUGAGGAGGUUGAUUUGGCGUUGCGCUUAUUUGAAAUAUGUUGAGGCAAGGCUUGGUGAUAGGACGUUAUUUGCUGAUGAGAUUCUGAAAGAUGGUUUUUGUUUGAAUAUGAUUGAGACACCACUUUGUCCUUUGAAGGUUGUCACAAACUUGCAGGAAGCUGUUUGGGAUGCAGAUAUUGUUGUCAAUGGAUUGCCUUCGACCGAAACAAGGGAGAUUUUUGAAGAGAUUAGUAAAUAUUGGAAGGAGAGAAUCACAGUCCCUGUAAUUAUCUCUCUGUCUAAGGGUAUUGAGGCUGCAUUGGAGCCUGUUCCGCAUAUUAUAACUCCAACAAAAAUGAUUCACAAAGCAACUGGAGUUCCCAUGGAGAACAUACUUUAUCUUGGUGGUCCAAAUAUUGCAUCAGAAAUCUACCACAAGGAAUAUGCAAAUGCUAGAAUAUGUGGCGCUGAGAAAUGGAGGAAGGCUCUGGCAAAGUUUCUGAGACAACCACAUUUCAUUGUUUGGGACAAUAGUGACCUUGUUACCCAUGAGGUCAUGGGUGGCUUGAAAAAUGUUUAUGCAAUCGGUGCUGGAAUGGUAGCAGCCCUUACCAAUGAAAGUGCUACCAGCAAAUCUGUAUAUUUUGCACACUGUACAUCUGAGAUGAUAUUUAUCACUCACUUGUUGGCGGAAGAACCUGAAAAACUCGCGGGGCCAUUAUUGGCGGAUACUUAUGUGACUUUGUUGAAAGGCCGUAAUGCAUGGUAUGGCCAGAUGCUGGCUAAGGGUGAGCUAAGUCCAGACAUGGGUGAUAGCAUAAGAGGCAAAGGAAUGAUUCAGGGUGUCUCUGCAGUUGAGGCAUUCUUUGAACUUUUGAGCCAAUCAAGCUUGAAUGUGUUGCACCCUGGAGAGAAUAAGCCCGUUGCUCCGGUUGAGCUCUGUCCAAUCUUGAAAACACUUUAUAAAAUAUUAAUAUCCAGGGAACAAUCAACAAAAGCUAUUCUCCAAGCUCUGAGGGAUGAAAAUCUGAAUGAUCCCCGAGAACGUAUUGAGAUUGCACAAAGUCAUGCAUUCUACAGGCCUUCACUGCUCGGACAACCUUGA